GCGGGGAUGAGCGGGACCCGUGGUCUGAGCUGGGAAAAUGGGCCAGCGAGCCAGGCCAGCCCUUCUCCUCCUGGUGCUUUUGCAGACCUUCCCGCAGGGGCGACUGCUGCGUUCUCACUCACUGCACUACCUCUUCAUGGGUGUCUCAGAGAGGGAUCUUGGGCCUUCCUUGUUUGAGGCUUUGGGCUACGUGGAUGACGAGUUGUUUGUGUCCUACGAUCAUGAGAGUCGCCGAGUAGAGCCCCGAGCACCGUGGGUCUGCACUAGAACCUCAAGUCAACUGUGGCUGCAGCUGAGUCAAAUCCUGAAAGGGUGGGAUCACAUGUUUAUUGUUGACUUCUGGACUAUCAUGGACAACCAUAACCACAGCAAGGUAACAAGGCUCGGGGUGUUUCUAGAGUCCCACACCCUGCAGGUGAUUCUGGGCUGUGAGAUACAGGAGGACAACAGCACCAGGGGCUUCUGGAAGUAUGGGUAUGACGCGCAGGAUCACCUUGAAUUCUGCCCUGAGACACUGAACUGGAGAGCAGCAGACUCCGGGGCUCAGGCCACCAAGCUGGAGUGGGAAGUGCACGAUAUUCGGGCCAAGCAGAACAGGGCGUACCUGGAGAGGGACUGCCCUGAGCACCUGCAGCAGUUGCUGGAGCUGGGGAGAGGCGUUCUGGACCAGCAAGUGCCUCCUUUGGUGAAAGUGACUCAUCGCGUGACCUCUGCAGUGACCAUUCUACGGUGUCAGGCUUUGAACUUCUAUCCCCAGAACAUCACCAUGAAGUGGCUAAGGGACAAGAAACCCCUGGAUGCCAAGGAGAUUGAGCCUAAGGAUGUGCUGCCCAAUGGGGAUGGGACCUACCAGGGCUGGGUAGCUUUGGCUGUGACUCCUGGGGAAGAGCAGAGAUACACCUGCCAGGUGGAGCACCCAGGCCUGGAUCAGCCCCUCACUGCCACCUGGGAGCCCUUACCAUCUGACACCCUGGUCAUCGGAGUCAUCAGUGGGAUUGCUGUUUGUGUCAUUGUCUUCUUUACUGGAGUUUUGUUCAGAAUCUUAAGAAAGAGGCAGUCUUCAAGAGCAGCUAUGGGGGACUACGUUUUAGCUGAAAGUGAAUGAUGUGCAUCCUGCAGACAUCUUGUAGGGUGGAGACAGAACUAGAGACUCAAAGAGGGGAGAUGUGAGGCUCUUCAUGUUCAGGACAGAGUUGGACUCAACAGACAGAAACUGCCUGAAGAAGUCUCUACUUUUAGCCUUCCCAAUUUACUUUCUCAAAAAGAUUUCCGUGGGCGGUGCCUGUGGCUCAAUGAGUAGGGCGCCGGCCCCAUACACCGGAAGUGGUGGGUUCAAACCCAGCCCCGGCCAAAAAAAAAAAAAGACCACAAACAAAAAGAUUUCCACAUUUAGGUUUUUAAGUUCCUGCAUGCUAGGGACCAUAGCUGUGGGCUCUCCCCCAGAGCUGUUUCUCAUGAAUCUGAAUCUAGAGGCUUCCUUCAUUUCUCUGUCACCUCAGAGACUAUACAUGUAUGUCAUCUCAUCUCCUAACUCUGGAAGAAGGCUGCUUAAAUCUGAGGACUCACAAUUCAUUGUAACAUAUAAAAACGUGAGAAAGGCUUGAACUUCACUUUGGAACAUGCACACUCAUAUCCUUACGAGAAUUUUUCGGACAUAUUCAGGCAUUUCCUAGACCCACUCAACUUUCCUUUGAAUCCUUUCUCUCUGUUAUCUAGUAACAUCUGUCACCGAGCCCCAGGGAUUCUUCCAUCUGAGUGUGAUCUGGGUCAUUAUACAACUGAAGACUGUGCACUGUGCAACUAUUUAGGCACCUUUCUCAGAACAGGCAUCAUGGAUGUUUGUAUCUAUUGUGAUGGGUUUUGGCAGGCAGAACAAAAAUGUUUUGAAGUGUGUUGGGGAGAGGUAUCUUUUUCUAAUUUGCACAGAGGCGUCAUACAGGUUUUUAAAGAUUAAAGGGGGGCGGCACCUGUGCUUCAGUGGGUAGGGCACCGGCCCCAUAUACCCAGGGUGGCAGGUUCGAACCUGGCCAAACUGCAACAACAACAAAAAAUAGCUGGACGUUGUGGCAUGCGCCUGUAGCUCUGACACCACUGCACUCUACCGAAGGCGAUAAAGUGCAACUCUGCCUCUAAAAAUAAAUAAAUAAAUAAAUAAAUAAAUAAAUAAAUAAAAGAUCAAUGGGGCCUGCAUUAGCAAUGCCUCUCUAGUAUGCCAGACCUAAAGUGCCACAAUAAUUUUUUAUCUGGUCUCUGCUAACCCUCUCUCUUUGUUCUGAUAAUGAAAAUCAUGAUAAAGAUGAUGGUAAUAAUGAUGUGGCUGAUACUUAUUAAAAAUAAAAGAACUUACUUGGUGCCAGGCUCUGUUCUAGGUACCUACUUACAUGCCCCAUAGCAUGGUAGAUAUUGUUAUGGCCAGUUUUUCCCUUUUCAUGAUAGAGAAACUGGAAGUAAGAGUAUUUCAUAGCUUGUCAGAGAUAGAGACAGGUUUCAAAUUCAGUCUUACUGUUUGAUACAUCUCACACCCCACUGCAUUCAGGUGGUUUAAAUGAGAGGAAUAAAUGGAAAAAAACCAGCGAUGGCUAUAGAGUGGUUCUUCUCUUGUCUCAUUGUGUCUCUUCUCAGUAAGCUUGAACCAAAUGAAGGGAAACAGCAGAAAAUGAGCUACUGAUCCUCAGCUGAUGUGUUUCCUUUCAAAGUUCCUGUGAGACGGACUCAGAGUGUGAUUCCUUUUCUCCCCUAGUGUUCUCUCUGGCAUCUCUCUUUUUUGGCCCCCACACAAGGCCUGUGUGAUUGGUGGGGACACUCCUGGCUGUACUCAGCUUUAGACACAGUGUCCUCCUUCUGUAAGGGCUUCCUGGGUGGUAUUUCCUCAAUGAACUGGAGCAUCCUCUCUCAUUUUCAGAUAAGUAAAAUGGAAGUCACCAAAUGGCUUGGAGGGUGCCCAAGCAUCAUCUUUCUCAGGUCAUUGCAAUUCUGGCUCAUACCUCCAUUUGUACACAUACAAAAAAAUUCACCUAACCCAGCCACUCAGGAAUUGCUAGCUACUGGGAAAGAGAUUAAUUUGAAUAUGUUCAAAAGUCUGCAUAUAUCCCAACCAGAAUUUUUCACCCGUAUCCAGACACUUCCUGGACCCUGGUAUGCGUACACAUAUCUCCAGAUGGCAUAUAUUUACUUUAUGCUGGCUGAGUAGCUGUGAUAUAAGCACUUUGUCUUGGAGGGAAGAUGCCCCUCAGGAGACCAAAUACAGCUCAAAAAUUUGUUUUGUAGGUAUUGAAUUUGAGUGAAGAAAUCUCAACCUUUAAAAAAAAAAUUCUUUUUUGUUUUUUCUUUUCUUUUCUUUUUUUGGCUUUUUUAUUUUAUUUCGUUGCUUAUUUUUUAUUUCUUUACUUUUUUUUUUUUGUUGUUGUUGAGACAGGGUCCCACCCUAUGCCCCUGAGCAGAGUGCAGUGGGCGUGGUAGCUCACCGCAACCUCAGACUCGGGCUGCGGGCACCCCGCUGCCUCAGCCUCGAGCCGCUGGGAUUACAGGCGUGAGCCACCGCACCCAGCUGGGUUUUUCCAUUUUUUUCACGAGUCGGGGUCUCACUGUCGCUCAGGCGAGUCUCGAACUCCUGAGCUCAAGCGAUUCUCCCUCCUCAGCCUCCCACAGUGCUGGGAUUACAGGCGUGAGCCACCACGCCCGGCUUUAGACACAGUAGAUAAGAGCAGAAGUAAUUUGUGUUGACUAUAGAAGAGUUGAAAAAUGUGUAAAAGUAAAGCUAUUAUUUAAUUAGCCAGUGGAUAAUUAAAAACUUGGAUAUUACCUGUUAGUUAUUGCUGCAUUCAGAUAUAUAAAGUUAACAAAUAGAUAUAUUUUAAAAAAUGUAUAAUUGUGUUGUGUGAAGGAUAAUGUCACUGACAUUCUCAUCUAUCUCCGUAAAGUACACAUUUUAAUCAUAUUUGGGGGAUAUUUGCAUUGCUUCUAAUAUUUUUACAUUUAGUCUUAUGGAAUAUUUUCAUUAAACUGUGGUAGCUGAGUUAAAUCGUUUUUCUUUACUCUAGGGCUGUUAUCAUCUAAGUUGGAAGACAUUGGUUAUCUUACCUCUAAACCAGGCUGGGAACACACUAACAAGUUCUUCCUCUCUGCAUAUCAUCCAAAACUCAAAUUCAACUGCCUAAAGGCUUCUUCUAUCUCAUGAAGGAUAUGUUACAAUAAAUUAGGUAACCAUUUGUUUUAUAUUGGUUUUAUUUUACAUGGGCUAAGAUUUCAAGAAACACUCUAGUCUUCACAG